AUGUUGCUGUUGGUGGUAGCAUCGGCGCUGAUCGCCCUCAGCAGCCAGGCGAUCGAUGCGGUGAACGUGGCCACCUCGUACAGCGUGGUCCACCACGAUCAGCCGUCCCAGGCCCAGCCCCGGCUGCUGCACAAAGGCUCAGCCCACCACUACGCUCCGGUCGGCACUCACCUCGCCUACAGCCCCGUCGAGGCACCGCACUACGCCCCACUGGUCAGCAAGACCCGUUACACCGUCCCGUUUCUGAGUGCGCUCCACCAGCAGCCUCAGUGUCCGGCACCGCCGACCUGCGUCAAGUCGCGCUACCGCACGCUCGACGGAUCGUGUAACAACCUGCAGAACCCGACCUGGGGAACCCCGAACCGUCGCUACGGUCGUCUGCUGACGCCCAAGUACGGUGAUGGUAUCUCACUGCCGACCGUGUCCGUCACCGGACAGGAAUUGCCCAACGCACGCGUCGUAUCGCUGGUUGCGUUCGGCGAACAGGACAUCCCGGAUCCGGAGUACACCCUGGCCAACAUGCAGUGGGGCCAGAUCAUGACGCACGACAUGAGCAUGCAGGCCGGUGGAACCCAGUCGAAGAAACACCCCACCCGUUGCUGUACCGAUGAUGGCAAACUGAUCGCCAAGGAGCGUGCCCCGAGCGCCUGCUACCCGAUCCUGGUGCCCGAGCACGAUCCGGCUCACUCGCAGACCGCGACCGAAUGUAUGAACUUUGUCCGCACGAUGACCGACCGGGAGGAUCAGUGCACUCCGACGCACCCAACGCAGCCGGCCGAACAGUUGACGACGGUCACCUCGUACCUUGAUCUGUCGCUUGUGUAUGGUAAUUCCGAUCAGCAGAAUGCCGGGAUCCGGGCGUUCACCGGUGGCCGGAUGGCGGUGGUGGAGCGCGAUGGGUACGAGUGGCCCCCGAACAACCCGAACUCGACGGCUGAGUGCGAUCUGGAGUCACCGGAUGAGGUGUGCUAUCUGGCCGGGGAUUCGCGUGUCAACCAGAACCCGGGCCUUACGAUCAUGCAGAUCGUGCUGCUGCGCGAACACAACCGGCUGGCGGAUCAGCUGCAGAAGUACAACCCGCACUGGGACGACGAGUUGCUGUUCCAGGAGGCGCGCCGCAUCAACACGGCCCAGUACCAGCACAUCAACUACUACGAGUGGCUGCCGAUCUUCCUUGGCUGGGAGAACAUGCUCAAGAACCGGCUGAUCUACCGCGUGAAGGGUGGCGAGUAUAUCAACGACUACGACCCGAGCCAGGACCCGUCGGUGCUGAACUCGCACGCCACCGCCGCUUUCCGGUACUUCCACUCGCAGAUUGAGGGACGCCUUGACUUGGUGUCGGAGAUCCGCAAACCGACCGGGUCGCUGCGACUGAGCGACUGGUUUAACCGUCCGUCGAUCCUGGAGGCCGGUGACAACUACGACUUCCUGACCCGGGGUCUGGCCACGCAGCCCGAGGAGCUUACCGAUACGAACUUUGACGCCGAGAUCAAGCACUUCCUGUUCCGCCGUGGACGUCCGUUCGGUGGUGAUCUGCGGGCCAUCGACGUCCAGCGCAACCGGGACCAUGGUCUGGCGGGUUACAACGAUUACCGCGAGUUCUGUGGCUUCAAGCGGGCCUCCACUUGGGAGGAUCUGAUGGAUCUGAUUUCGCCGCAGGAUGUGUCCAAGUUGCAAUCGCUGUACUCGAGCAUCGACGAUAUCGAUCUGACCGUCGGUGGUUCGCUGGAGGCGCACGUCAACGGUGCCCUCGCCGGCCCCACUUUCCUGUGCAUCCUGACCGAGCAGUUCUACCGCACGCGUGUCGGUGAUCGGUACUUCUACGAGCGGGGCGAUAAGGAUGUGGCGUUCACGCGCGAACAGUUGGCGGAACUCCGGAAGGCCAGCAUGGCCCGUCUGUUCUGCGAUAACGGCAACCACGUGACGUCGAUGCAGCCGAAGGCGUUCCUGCGGAUCUCGCACAGCAACCAGGUGGUGCCGUGCCCGCAGCUCCCGGAGGUGGAUCUGUCCCUGUGGAAGGACCUGUCGUACGACAACAGCCUCCACUCGUUCCACUAUUACCACAACUACAAGAAAUAA